GUAGCUCCAACUCCAAGCCUCCAACACACUCGAAUCCACCCGCUUGCCGUCGGUAAUGGCGAUUCCGCGCCGCCUGCCCUGCCUCCCCGCUGUCGCCGUAGCCACCAGACGCUGGACCGCGAGCCUCGCCGUCUCCCAUGGUGGGACCGGCGCGAGGCCCUCGACGGCCGUCCUGGCCGCCGCCGCGACGGCAGCCGCGGCGGCGGGCCGCGCCUCCGAGUGCCAGUCGCUCCUCCUCCGCAUGUCGCGCCGCCGCGGCGCCUCCCGCCUCGACAUCGUGUCCUCCCUCCUCGCCUCCUCCCCGACCCCGCAGCCGCAGGUGUUCGACCUGCUCAUCCGCACCUACACCCAGUCCCGGAAGCCCCGGGAGGCAUUCGAGGCCUUCCGCCUCCUGCUCGACCGCCGCGUCCCCAUCCCCGCCGCCGCCUCCAACGCGCUCCUGGCCGCGCUCUCCCGCGCCGGCUGGCCCCACCUCACCGCGGACGCCUACCGCCUCGUCCUGUCCUCCGACUCCGAGGUAAACACCUACACGCUUAACAUCAUGGUCCACAGCCACUGUAAAGCCCUACAGUUCGAUAAGGUCGAUACCGUAAUCUCCGAGAUGGAGAAGAGAUGCGUGUUUCCGGAUGUGGUAACCCAUAAUGUGAUGAUUGAUGCUAGAUUUCGUGCUGGGGAUGUUGAGGCGGCGAUGGCACUGGUCGAUUCGAUGGUUAGUCAGGGGAUAAAGCCAGGAAUCUUGACGUAUAAUGCGGUGUUGAAGGGGUUAUGUAGGAAUGGAAGGUGGGAUAAAGCGAGGGAGGUGUUCAGGGCAAUGGACGAGUGUGGGGUGGCUCCCGAUGUUCGGAGCUUCAACAUGUUGAUUGGGGGAUUCUGUAGAGUUAAGGAGCCUGAUGAGGCGAUGAAAUUUUACAAGGAGAUGCGACGGCGUGGAGUCACGCCAGAUAUUGUGAGCUUUAGUUGCCUGAUUGGGUUGUUUGCAAGGAGGGGGAAGAUGGACCGUGCGGCAGCCUACUUGAGGGAGAUGAGAGAGUUUGGAUUGAUGCCUGAUGGUGUGAUUUACACAAUGGUCAUUGGUGGAUAUUGCAGGGCUGGGUCAAUGCUGGAGGCGCUGAGAGUUAGGGAUGAGAUGAUUGGCCGUGGAUGUUUGCCAGAUGUGGUAACUUACAAUACCUUGCUGAAUGGGCUUUGUAAAGAGCGUAGGUUGUCUGAAGCAGAGGAGCUUUUGACUGAGAUGAGGGAGAGAGGGGUUCCACCAGAUUUAUGCACCUUCACAACUUUAAUUCAUGGGUACUGUAGGGAGGGUAACAUAGAGAAGGCAUUGCAACUAUUUGAAACGAUGCUGCACGAGCGUUUGACGCCAGACAUUGUGACAUACAACACUUUGAUUGAUGGAAUGUGCAGACAAGGUGAUCUGGGCAAAGCUAAUGAGCUAUGGGAUGAUAUGCAUUCUCGAGAAAUCUUCCCCAACCACAUUACCUACAGCAUCCUUAUAGACAGCCACUGUGAGAAGGGACAAGUGGAUGAUGCAUUUGGGUUUUUGGAUGAAAUGAUAAACAAGGGGGUUGUGCCAAACAUCAUGACCUAUAAUUCCAUCAUUAAGGGUUACUGCCGGUCUGGAAAUGUAUUGAAGGGGCAACAAUUUUUGCAGAAGAUGAAAGAUGCCAAGGUGUUGCCUGAUUUAAUUACUUACAACACCCUAAUCCAUGGUUAUGUUAAAGAAGAGAAGAUGCAUGAAGCUUUUAAUUUGCUUAACAUGAUGGAGAAUGAAAAGGUUCAACCAGACAUUGUGACGUAUAAUAUGAUUAUAAAUGGAUUUUCUGUACAUGGUAAUAUGCAAGAAGCUGAUUGGGUUUACAAGAAAAUGGGUGCUAGAGGAAUUGAACCAGAUAGAUAUACAUACAUGUCCAUGAUAAAUGGUCAUGUUGCAGCUGGGAACUCCAAGGAGUCAUUUCAACUUCAUGAUGAGAUGCUUCAGAAAGGGUUUGCUCCUGAUGAUAAAUUCUGAGGGUAUUAUUUUCCUCAUACUGGAAUCUAAUUGAUGCUAUGGUUAAUUCAACAAUGAGAAAUGAAGGCAUUUUGCAGUUUGUUUAGAUUGUCAGGAUUUUUGCUCCAACAAGUAUUUAUAGACUUGAAGGCAUCUGAUUAAAUUUUGGAGUAAAUUCCGUGGAAGUUUUCAUUAUUGGGUGGUCCAAGGGUAGCAAAAUUUCCACACAAGUGACCUCUCUAGAUGUGCUUUCUUCACCAAUGUGCAGAAAUAUUCUGUUAGGGCUCAGGAAGUGUGCUGUUGUUUUCUGGGCAUCGGAGGAUAGCAUGCUCUAAAUUUCUCAGGGUGAAUGCAAAUCACUUUUAGCAUGAACUAUUAACAUCACGCGAAACUGAUCAAAAGGGGAGAACUGAGCAUACAUAAAAAGGGCAAUCAAAAUUGGUGUACAAAGGAAGAAAUUAAACUGACUAGAGAGUGUAAAAUGUGCCCCUUCAAGCCUUACCCCCAAAAGAGCAAGGAAAAGAAUGAAAGAGAAACAGAGGUUAUGAGCACAAGGUUUUAUGCCAGGCUUUGAUGAAGUUAUGAGAAGUAGGUUUCUCUGCCAAGGCCGUGGUUGUAUGGAUUACCGGUCAACAUUUUGCACUUUGGACACAAAUCAUUUCUCUCCACCAUCACAAAAGUGAAAGAGGUGUGAAGAGGGAUACAUACGGACGAGUUGAACAAGCUUCUUGCCUGCUGGGCACGGCAGAUUACAGUUGAACAAAAUUUGUCUUAGGCAGAGUUUACAAAGAUCCUUGCAUGAUGCAUUUGCCAAGUUUGUAUUUGUAAAAUUGAAAGAGGUUUUUUGUAUGUCCAAAGCAGCAGCAGGCUUCGUGCCGUUACCAAGGUUCGGUGAAUGGAUGUCAAAUAUCUUU